AUGCCACAUACUGCAUCCACCGUACAGGUUGAAGUCGCCAAGUCCUUCGAGGCGCCUAUCAAGGUACUGUUUCCCAAAGAUCUACUAGAGAACGGGUGGGUGGCCAACCAAUGUGCAUUGUUAGGACUGGGCGACAUCGUCAUCCCUGGAAUCUUCAUUGCUCUAUUGCUACGCUUCGACAGGAGCCGAGCUCCUAGAGAAAG